AUGGCUGAUGGUGUUCGACGGAGCUCGGCAACAAAGCUGGGCACAUUGCUGAGCACACUCAAGAACUGGGAACAAUCAACAGGGCUCAGCAACAAUGACAGCAGCGACACACCUACACCCGAAGAUGAAAGCUGCAGCACACAACAGCAACAGCAGCAGGCGAAACGAAACACAUCUGCAGUGGUCGCAGCACAGGUUGUGGAGAGCGCAGUGGCCAGAGUUGACGAGCUCGUUGAGCAAGGCGUGUUUGUCGCAGAUGCUUGGCACACCAUCAUCGCUGAGGAACGCCAGCGUGCCGAUGUCUCCACACGACACGUCCUGGCCAUGUAUCAGCGCGCAACAGCGGCGCUUCCCCUCUCCAAGUGCAAGCGAACAACCGUCUACAUCCAGCUCUGGCUCGAGUAUGCACGCCUUCUCAGGUUGCUCAAGUCAGACGAUGAAUGCAAGCACACAUUCCAGUUUAUGAAGUCUUCGGGCAUCGGCAAGGCGUUCCAGAACUUUUUUCUCGUUCGGGCGCAGUUUGAGGCACAGCGAGGCAACAGCCGAAAGGCUUCUGAACUGCAACAGCAGGCUGCUUCUCUCCCUGCAAUGAGCGAGGAAGAACAACAGUGGGAGAACAACUUUCAGGCAUACCUCACUUCUGCAGAAGAUCGCUCGCAGCGGCCAGCACGGCGCUCAUUUGAAACCCCCGCCAAGGCAAGCACCACGAUGGACACACAACACGACAAGCUUGUCACGCCAGCAGCGCCGCCAGCGUUUGCGUCAGAGCAGCAGAACAUGACGCCGUUCCCGUCCCGGCCCGCGGGCACAACGCGCCCUCGCCCGCGUGCAAAGAAGGCAUCAUCCAUCCUCAGCAUGGCCAUUGCAGAGUACGAGAUGGAGACGGGGCGCAGCGCCAAGGCAGCAUCUCUUAUUACGAGCCCGCAUCUCAGCACAUCGAGCGCGAGCCAGCCCACCAGUCCGCUCGCUCCACCCAUGCAGCUGCGCCACCACACGGCGCAGUCUGCCCACGCCUCCUUCUGCAGUAGUGACGUGCGCGGCGGAAGCAACACAGCAUCGCCUGCCCUCGAACCCCUGCCCGAGGUGGAUAUCGAGGUGGAAGAUGACGCACUGCAGGACAAUCACUCAGGUGACGGCCGCCACAGUCACAGCGAUAAUCAACUCAACAUCAGCACAUCGGCUGAGCGUGGUGCUGCGUUGCAGGGAAACCCUCGCAAGGGCUUGCAGCCACACCAGCAACACUUGUCAGCAGCGCAAACAGCAUCCGCCACCUUGUCUCCGCUCCCAGCAGCGCGACGCACACCACAGCAUCCACGUCUCGCUGCCCUGCAGGGUCGGUCGCCAUAUGCGCGCGGUGUCUCCCCAAACAACCGCCGUGCCCUCAUCUCGGUGUUCUCCGACGCAGAACACGAGCAGCAGCAGCAGCAGCAGCAGCAGUGGCAGGAAAGCAAAGAGAUGGAGGAGGACGAGGACGUGUCUGACCAAGCCAUGGACACGCGAGGAACAAGCUCCUUCUACCCAGGUGCCCGCACAAGAACAACCACAGGCAACACAACCACAGGCAACACAAACACAAACACAAACACAGACUUUCUCUCCACCAGCGUGUCGCGCUUCUCGCACACGAGCUCAACGGCUUCUGGCGGCAGCACACACAACGACAUCAAGCAUCGCUUCAGUGUCGUCGACCACAUCGGCUGCUUCCUCUUCGUCGUCUUCGUCGUCGUCAUCGUAUGCAAGCAACGUAUCCGCUGA